AUGAAGAGCUUCUUCGUCCUCACUUCGCUCGCGCUUUCUGUUCUCGCCCAACAGGCGACCAUCGUCUCCCCCACCGCAGGCAGUGUCCUCUUCGCCGGCAGCACGGUCACCGUCGAGGUCCAGCAGGCCGAGGCUGCGACUAACGACAUGCAAGUCGCCGCCCUCAUCGGCUUCCGCUCGUGCCCCGGCGGGGACUGCUCGACGUUCGAUCCCGCCACCGACGGCGUGGGCCCCAACGUCGUGUUCGCCGGCGCGUUCACGCCGGCACACGACCCGAACCAGCCGCAGAAGGGGCUGUUCCAGGACUUCACGUUCCAGAUCCCUGAGGGGGCCUUCGGCAACAGCGUGUUCAGUCUCGGGCACCUGCAGGCGGUCGGAGCGAACAACGUCCCGAUGUUCAAUAUGAGCACGGUCGUCGUGUCCGUGGUGUAA